GGGGGCUUAACUUUUCCGCUAAGGGAAUCGGAAAAUUCAGUCCUUCCUCGUGACACGGUUUCCAAAAUGAAAUGAAUGUUGUUUGUAAUAUUCGCUGCUACCCACGCUAGCCAGUCAGGUCUGGGAAAAGCCCCGCUCACCUCCUCACUCGCCAAAGGUAGUCAAAGGUAUGCGAGGGGCAACCGCGGCGAAGAAGACCGGAAGGAAACGCCGGCGUCUCCUUUUGCGCAAGUGCAGGCAGACCUCUCCUAUUGGUCACCGCGGCUGGAGAUUGGUGUGCACAUGCGCUCUGCUGACCUGCCAGCUGGGUGUGAUUGAGGCGGCGGUGCACAGCAGUGUUUAUCCGCGGACUGUAUAGCCAACCGUCAGGGUCGCAAGUAGUGGUGCCUACACAGAAAGUCGGAAUAUUGGGCUGCCUCGUUCAGGGCCGGACGCUUACCCAACCUACUUGGAGCUUCAGAACCAUGGCGACAAAGGAGGCAGGAGAUGGUGAAGCAGAGUCGAGCGUUCCCUCAGCCAAUGGGAGGAAGCAAAUGUCUGAAAAACCAAACUAUGCUCUUAAAUUUACUCUCGUGGGACAUACGGAAGCAGUAUCAUCAGUUAAAUUUAGCCCUAAUGGAGAAUGGCUAGCAAGUUCUUCUGCUGAUAAAGUAAUUAUAAUUUGGGGAACCUAUGAUGGAAAGUAUGAGAAAACACUUUAUGGUCACAGUCUGGAAAUAUCAGAUGUUGCCUGGUCAUCAGAUUCCAGGUGGCUUGUUUCUGCUUCAGAUGAUAAAACGCUAAAGAUUUGGGAUGUGAGAUCUGGAAAAUGUCUGAAAACGCUAAAGGGGCACAGUAAUUACGUUUUUUGCUGUAAUUUCAACCCACCAUCUAAUCUCAUCAUUUCAGGAUCUUUUGAUGAGAGUGUGAAGAUAUGGGAGGUGAAAACAGGAAAGUGCCUCAAGACUUUGUCUGCUCAUUCUGAUCCGGUUUCUGCUGUUCAUUUUAAUUGUAGCGGGUCCUUGAUAGUAUCAGGUAGCUAUGAUGGUAUCUGUAGAAUUUGGGAUACUGCAUCAGGUCAGUGUUUAAAAACACUUAUUGAUGAUGAUAACCCUCCUGUCUCUUUUGUAACAUUUUCUCCAAAUGGUAAAUAUAUUCUAAUUGCAACCUUGGACAAUACUCUUAAACUGUGGGAUUACAGCAGAGGCAGAUGCCUGAAAACGUACACUGGCCAUAAGAAUGAGAAAUACUGCAUAUUUGCCAACUUUUCAGUUACUGGUGGAAAGUGGAUUGUAUCUGGUUCAGAAGAUAAUCUGGUUUACAUCUGGAAUCUUCAGACUAAAGAGAUUGUACAGAAAUUACAAGGUCAUACAGAUGUUGUAAUCUCAGCAGCUUGUCACCCUACAGAAAACAUCAUUGCAUCAGCAGCAUUAGGAAAUGACAAAACAAUUAAACUGUGGAUGAGUAACUACUAAACCCUUUAGAAAUCAAGUAGUAGAGCCAAGCUGGAAAAAAAAAAGUUAUUUAAAAAGAUGGUUUCCCCUUAAUUUUGGCAUAGUUUUGUAUUUCUUUUUAACAUUGUCUUACAAGAUUUCAGACCUAUAAUCUAAAUUUGUAAAGCAAGACAACUGGAAAAACAAGUCUAGAACCUAGGGCUUCUGACUUUUAAUCUGUUAUUAAUCUCUUAUGUCUGUUCCUGAACAGAUUCCCAUUCUGUUCCUCCCAGUGAGUAUUUUAGAGAAUCAGUGUACUUGAGAAAUAUUUAGAAGUAAGGUUCACAAGAUAGGAUGACUAUUAAGUGAGGAGAGCAAGGGAGUUUGGAAUAACUCCAGUGUUUCUGAUUUGGCAGAUCAGAUAGAUGAAUAAGAGCAUAAGCCUGGGAUAGUGGUAGAUUGGAGAUGUAUGAUAGAUGCUACUCACACACUUUAAGUGAUAGCCUAUGUGAUGGGGUGUGAAAUGGUUCCAUGGAAUCGAGUCUAUAAAUUGGGAAAAGUAAGUCAUGGUUAGGUUUGCUCUGAGAGUCUAAGAAUUUUAAGUUUUUAUCAAGAUAAAAACUAAAAAUAAACCAAAACAUUAUGUCAUUUUACUGAAGAACCUCUCACUACUUUAUGUGCCCUCGUGAUAUCAAGCAAGCUAAAUGUCUGAAUGAGGUGAGGCUAUAUUCUCUUCCACUAUGUGUCUGACCUACUAACUCCUACCUGUGCUUCAAAUGUGGUUCAGAAAUCACCACUUUGUGGACCAUCACUGCCUGCCUGACUCCAAUCACAGCUGACAGCUGAGUUAGGUUUUCUUGUUCUUCCUAUAGCUUCUGUUAUAAAGUUCAGAAUAUAUCUUUUACCGAUUGGUAUUGUAAUGGUUUCACAGGCCAUGUUUCCAGUAAAUUAUGAACUCUGUCAAGUAUGUUUUUAUUCAUUUUUGUAUUCUCAGUAUUUAUAAGGGACUAAUGAUGAAUGACAAUGUAUUAUACCACCAUCACCACCACUACGACUUUAUUCACUCCUUGCCUGCUUUCAACACAUUUUUGGAAUUAAGUCCCCAUACUAUUACUUUUGUUGAUUAAAAGUAUCUGACCAUAGGCUAACAUAUUAACUUUAGUCAGACAAGGCUUUUAGGAAAUAUAAAGUGGAAAAUGGUUUCUUCCCACUUUCCCUACAGAGACAUGAUAAACAUGGGGGGGAAAUCUAGACAUUAAGCAAAAAAUAAUACAAUAAUUGAAAGUAAGAGGACAAAGCAGUCUUAAUUUUUUUUGUAUUCUUUAGUAUCUUGUAAUAGUGCCCAUUAAAUCUGAUUUGCCUGACAAAUUCUGAGGAAUGUGAGGUAUUAGAGUUAUUAGUAGAGUAUGACUGCCAGGAAGGUAUUGUGUGAGGGUACUUGGAGAAUGGGGAUUAGUUAAGGACAAGUCUGAAAUUCUUGGCAAGAAAUUUAUAUUUAACCCAUAAAGAAGUAUUCAAAGUUACUGAAUAGCAGAAUGACAGAAAAUGAAAAAUGAUCAUGUGAAUACUUGUUGCAUGGUAACACUCGUGAGUUUUGGUUUAAUGAAACUUUUAUUAUAGUAAAUCUCCAAGGUAACACUUUAAAAUAUUACUUUAGAAGUUAAAAAUGAUAUUGUUCUAUGAAGAAAAAUACUUAUUUUUAAAAUAAGUAGAUUAAAAUCAACUUGGUAUCUAAAACAUUAAGGUCAAAUUAUUCUAAAAUAAAGUAGAUCAACAGACA